AUGAAGACUCCCAACAUCAUCUUCACGCUCACGCUCCUCUCAACACUCAGCUUAACCACCGCCCAAGACGCACCACCCACAGUGCCAACACCACCCACAGUGCCAACACCAUCCCACUACUUCCCUAAACAUAUCAAACGAGCGGUCACCGACUUUAUUAACAACUCGAUUCUCGCAGACCCCAAUGAGCCUCCAGCCCCACCCGUAUCUUCAUCAUCAUCAUCAACAACAACAGCAUCCUCUGCAUCUAGCACCGACCUCAGCGCAUUCCUCUCGUCGCUCUUUCCGUCCUCAGCCCCACCCGCUCCGCCUCUAAGCUCCGAUGUUACAACUACCGCCAGUGUAUCGACCCCAGAGUCUACUGCUCCUUCCACCACCGCUUCGUCAAGUGGAAUUCUUAACAUUGUUGACGGCGUAGUUGAGGCGCCAAGCUCGGUUGUCUCAGGGGUUACCUCAGGAGUUGUUGCGCCGGUUGUUUCUCAGGUUACUUCGGCGGCUGUUUCGCCGGUCGUUUCUGAAGUUAGCGCGGUGGUUUCGGAGGCUACGAGCGUUGUGUCGGAGGUCGGUUCUAAGGUGACUUCUGCAGUGUCGGAAGUUACUUCAGCGGUGGAAGAGGUGGUUUCUCAGGUCACUUCUGUGGUUUCGGACGCCACUUCAGUUGUCCAAUCAGUAGUCACCGAUGUCACAUCUGCUGCUGGCGGUGCUACUUCUGUGGUUGAUUCUAUAGUCCCUGGAGUUACUUCUGUUGCAUCCAGCGCAGUUGCGGAUGUCACUUCUGUGGUUGAUACUGUGGCUUCAGGCGUUACCUCUGCAGCUGGCUCUGUUGUCUCCAGUGCGGUGUCAGAUGCCACCUCUGUGGUUGGCUCUGUGGCCUCCGAAGUUACUUCUGCGGCCGGCUCUGCGGUUUCCAGUGUGGUAUCGGAUGCAACUUCUGCGGUCGGCUCCGUAGCUUCUGGGGUUACUUCUGCGGUCGGCUCUGCUGCCUCCAGUGCGGUAUCAGAUGCCACCUCUGUGGUUGGCUCUGUGGCCUCCGAAGUUACUUCUGCAGCCGGUUCUGCGGUUUCCAGUGUGGUAUCAGAUGCAACUUCUGCGGUCGGCUCCGUAGCUUCUGGGGUUACUUCUGCGGUCGGCUCUGCUGCCUCCAGUGCGGUAUCAGAUGCCACCUCUGUGGUUGGCUCUGUGGCCUCUGAAGUUACUUCUGCGGCCGGUUCUGCCGCUUCCAGUGUAGUAUCGGAUGUAACUUCUGCAGUCGGCUCUGUGGCCUCCGAUGUUACUUCUGCCGUUAGCUCUGUUGCUUCUGAAGCGACCUCCAAAGUAGGCUCUGUAGUAUCUGAUGCCACGUCUGUUGCCAGUGCUGUUGUCUCAGGAGCGACUUCUGUAGUUGGCGAUGUUACCUCUGCCGUGGACUCUGCUGCAUCAGGUCUUACUUCUGGUGUUGCAAGUAUCACUUCCGUUGCUGGGUCUGCGGUCUCAGUUAUUGCAUCUGAUGCCACGUCUGUUGGCAGUGCUAUUGUUUCAGGAGCAACUUCAAUUGUCGGCGAUGUUACUUCUACAAUUGGUUCUGCUGCUUCGGGCGUAACUUCUGAUGUUGCAGCAAUUACCUCCGGUGCCGGGUCUGCGGUCUCGUCUAUUGCAUCUGAUGCUACCGCAGUUGUUAGUAGCGCACUCUCGGAAGUGACUUCUGCUGCCGGUGCUGUAACUUCGGGGGCAUCUUCUCUCAUCAGCGAUGUUACUUCCGCUGCCGAUAGUGUAGCUUCAGGUGUUUCUACGGCUGUUGGUUCCGCAGUCUCUGGUGUUUCUUCUGUUGUCAGUGAUGUUACUUCUGCCGCUGGCUCUGUUGCUUCAGAUGUAAGUUCAGGUGUUGCAGCAAUCACUUCUAGUGCUGGGUCUGCGGUCUCGUCCAUCGAAUCUGGUGCCACCGCCGUUGUUAGUAGUGCACUCUCACAGGUAACUUCGGGAGCAUCUUCUCUUGUAAGUGAUGUUACUUCUGUUGCCAACAGCAUGGCCUCAGGUGUUACUUCAACUGUUGGUUCCGCAGCUUCAGACGUUUCUUCGGCCGUCUCAGGAGUCACUUCAGCCGUCGAUUCUGUCGCUUCUGGCAUUUCUUCAGUCGCCUCAGGUGCCACUUCAGUUCUCAAUUCAGGUGUAUCUGGUGUUACGUCAGUUGCCAGCGGGAUUGUCUCAGAGGCCACUUCUGUUGUAGCCGGUGUCUCUUCUGUUGCCAGCAAUGUAGCUUCUUCGGCUGUCUCCCAGGUUACCGAUAUCGCAAACUCGACCCUGCCCGACACAUCAAUUGCCCAAAGCAUUUUACCUACCUCAGUCAUUCAAAGCGUUCUCCCAUCUAACCUACCAAGUAACUUGAAUGACACUCUUUCUCCUGUGACAUCGAUCAUUGACGUGUCCUCAGUGGCUUCAAGUGUAUUGCCUAUUCACACCUCGGAUUACGCUAUUAAUGUCACUGUCCCAACUAUCGAUAUUUCGAGCCUGCUCUCAAGCGCCACCAACCUCCCAUCUAUCACUAGCGAUAUCCCACUUCCCAUCCAGACCAAUGGAACCAUUAUUGCGACUUCACUCACUUCUUUACUCACUGUGCUUCCUACUGGGAUCUUGACGGACGGCGGCAACAGCAGUGUUAUUACUACUCCAACAAUCACGACCAUGGAUCCUUCAUCAAUGUUGUCUAGUAUUUUAGGGCCUGCACCCACAAACAAUGGGACAGAGUCGGUUCCUACUUCACUGCCAUAUGAUUCUACUACUUUAUUCCCACCGUCUGUCAAUGGCACUUCAACGGCGGAGCCUUCCUCAGGUACCGUUUCCACGUCUUCGGAAGCAUCUACUGGGGCAUCUUCUCAUACAUCCACUGGGACAUCUUCUCAUACAUCCACUGGAACAGUAUCGACCACGUUCGCGACGUCAACCACUGAACCCACUAGCAAGAUCACCUCCAUCCCGGCCGCUGGUAAUACGACCUCCUCGGCCUCGGAGACAUCAACUGUAACCACCGAGCUCCCCAGUACGACUUUGACCACAAAGCCCACGACCACAUCUACCACCCAAUGGUUCUCUUCUGCGCUUACAGUAGCACCCGACACCACUUCGACCACUACUGCAACUGCAACGGGUGAUGAAACCACCACUACGACCACCUCAAUUCAGACCGGUAUCCCAUCAAACCUCCCCAAGGUAAUCACUCCAGCCGGUGGCAUGCCUGAACAGCCCGACAACUACACCCUUGUCCGCUUUGGUUUCCUACACGCCCUCAACUACCCCUUUGUCGUCGAGAACCCAGUAGCUGUCGCUCAAAUCUUCGAAUAUCUCCCUCACGGUCUCUGUUAUGGACUCCAAAUCGACUCCUCAGAUGUGAUUAUGCAUACUCUCCAGCCCUAUGACACCACCAAGACCCGCGGCUACGUCACAACACUCGCAUUUGCUUACGUCCCCAAGGAUCUUGUCAACAAGCUCGAUCUAGACCGUCACACGCCCGCCGCACGCCUCUUCCAAAACCCAGACGCGCCUGUCUCUCAGAUGAUAAACCUUCUCGACCCAUCAAUUCCAUUACUCGCGUCAAUGGAUGACCAGACUGGUGACGGCAACGGCGCCAUGGGAACAGGUGGAACCUGGGGGGACGGAAGCAAUGGAGACGGAUCCUCCGACAACGGAGAUGCUGCGCCUAUGGGAAGUACAUCCUCUAACACAACCGUAUCCGGCAAGACCAUCGGUUUGAGUGUCGGUAUUGUUGCGGGCGCUGCAGCGUAUGGUGCGGCGAUGUUCUUGGUGGCCAGGAGGUACAGGCAGAGAAGGGCCGGACGACACGGAAGAAGCAACUCCAUUAACAGGAGUGUUUCGCCUGGGAGCAACCCGGCGAGUGGAUUGAUGACUAGUGGGGGCGCGGUUAUGCACGGUGCGGCUAGGUUCGACCACAGGGGAAGCAGGGGAAGUGGAGGAAGGGCCAGUGCUAGGACAGCGCAAAUCUCGGCGCCGAUGAUGGCUGAGAAUUCGCUGGGUUGGAAUUAA